GGGGCGAGAGACGGUUGAGUUAACAGCAAGGCAGAAAACAGAUGAAAUUUGCAGUUUCGUAAAUAGUGAAUUCUGGACAAUAAUAGUGCUGGUUCCAGUUGUACAGACAUUGAUGGUGACGGAGCGCGGUCAGUGUCGGGCUGGUUGAGGCUGACACCUCGACUCUGGAACCUGUGUGCUGGCCCCCCGGUGAUGCGAGGGAUGGAUGUGUAGAUGGCGGAGUUUAGCACAGAGUACCAGCGGCUACAGACAUCUGACACCGACACCCCACCUGGUGAAGAGGAACUGCUUGUUCACCAGGCUGAUGGCGGCAAAUCUCCAUGGCAUCACAUUGAGAACCUGGACCUGUUCUUCACCAGAAUCUACCACCUGCAUCAGAAGAAUGGCUUCCUCUGCAUGGUACUUGGUGAAAUGUUUGAGCUAGUGCAAUUUGUUUUUGUGGUUGCGUUCACGACCUUCCUGGUUAACUGCGUUGAUUAUGACAUUCUGUUUGCCAACAAGGUGCUAAACAGCACACACCACAGCAACCAGGUGGUCAAGGUCACUUUGCCUGAUGCCUUCCUGCCCCCACACACCUGCACAGCCAGGAUCCGUCAGAAUCUGCUGAUGGUGGUCGUCCUUCUGACAGCUGGAGUCUUCUGGGUGCAUCGUUUGGUGAAGUUCCUCUAUAACGUCUGCUGCUACUGGGAGAUCAGGGCAUUUUACAAAAAUGCCCUCAAGAUACCCAUGGCUCACGUGCCCUACUACAGCUGGCAGGAGGUGCAGACCCGCAUCAUCCAGGCGCAGCGGGAGCACCUGAUGUGCAUCCAGAAGCGGGAACUGAGCGAGCUGGACAUCUACCACCGCAUUCUUCGCUUCAACAACUACAUGGUGGCAAUGAUCAACAAGUCCCUGCUGCCCGUCCGCUUCCGGCUACCCCUCCUUGGGGAGCUGGUUUUCUACACCCGCGGCCUCAGGUACAACUUUGAGCUGAUCUUCCUGUGGGGGCCGGGCUCCCUCUUUCUGAACGAGUGGAGCCUUAAGCCGGAGUACAAGAAGGCGGUGAACCGGCAGGAGCUGGCCCAGCGUCUCAGCGGGCGCAUCCUGUGGAUCGGCAUCACCAAUCUGCUGCUGUGCCCCCUCGUCCUGGUUUGGCAGAUCCUCUACGCCUUCUUUAGCUACGCCGAGGUCAUCAAGCGCGAGCCGGGCAGCCUGGGGGCCCGCUGCUGGUCCCUCUACGGCCGCUGCUACCUGCGGCAUUUCAACGAGCUCGACCACGAGCUGCAGUCCCGCCUCGGCCGGGGCUACAAGGCCGCCUCCAAGUACAUGAGCUGCUUCCUGUCGCCCCUGCUCACCGUGCUGGCCAAGAACGUGGCCUUCUUCGCCGGCUCCAUCCUGGCCGUGCUCAUCACCCUCACCGUCUACGAUGAGGACGUCCUGGCUGUGGAGCAUGUGCUCACCACCAUUACCCUGCUCGGCAUCUGCGUCACCGUGUGCAGGUGUUUUAUCCCUGAUAAACACGAGGUGUUGUGUCCGGAACAGCUGCUGAAGGUGGUGCUGUCCCACGUUCACUACAUGCCUGACCACUGGCAGGGAGCUGCCCACCGCUACGAGACCAGGGACCAGUUCGCUCAGCUCUUCCAGUACAAAGCUGUGUUCAUUCUGGAGGAGCUGCUCAGCCCCAUCGUCACGCCGUUCAUCCUGAUCUUCAGUCUGAGGAACAAGUCCCUCGAGAUCAUCGACUUCUUCCGCAACUUCACCGUGGAGGUGGUGGGGGUGGGAGACACCUGCUCCUUCGCUCAGAUGGACAUCCGGCAUCAUGGUCACCCUGCAUGGGUGCCAGCUGGCCGGACGGAGGCCUCGGUGUACCAACAGGCCGAGGACGGGAAGACGGAGUUGUCCCUAAUGCGAUUCGCCAUCAUCCACCCGCACUGGCGGCCGCCACCUCACAGCAAUGCCUUCAUCAGCCGGCUCAGGCAACAGCUGUCCCAGGACCCCCCUGCUGCAGGUGGCAGCCCCCACCCCGACGGGGCCCUGCACUCUCUGAACUCCCUCACUGAGCCCCAGAGCCUGUUGGCCGGACCCCCUUCACUGCCCCCUCGAGGACCAGAAUGCUCCUCUGAUGCUGCCUCCUCUCUCCGUUCCUUCUCCUUCGCUCCCGGCAGCCGGCAGCUUCCCCUCCCUCGGACCACCAAUAGCACGGCGGCACCUGCUACAGCCGGGUCAGAGUGGAUGUUGAGCACGGAGAGCAGUGUAUGGGAGGGGUUGCUGCCCAACAGCCGGGCUGAGCUCGCCUCCAGUCAGAUGAGUCUGCACACACUCUACAUGCACGAGUUCCACAAGCAGCAGACACAGGGGGAAUCAGCGCGACACGUCUGGUAUCGACGCGAGAGCGAUGAGAGUGGGGACAGCGGGCCAGAGGAGGCAGAGGGCAACAGGCCACCCCCACCAGUCAUCCCCCGGUCCUCCACCUACCCUGUAUCCGGCAACCAGCCCGUGGACUCCCGUGACUCCUCCCUGCCACUCCUGGCCUCUCGCUCCAGGAGAUACGGAGGCACUGGCGGUUUCUCCUCCGCCCAGAGACUAGCGAGCCGGGGUGCGAUGGGGGGCUGGGCAGAGGACACGUCACCCUCACCACAGACGCAGGUCCUACCCGAGGAGGGGUCUGAGGACGAGUUGCCCUCACAGACACACCAGGUCUAGGGGGAGAGAGCGAGACGGAGCCAGGAGGAAGCGACAACUGAUUCAUCGCAGUCUGAGCCCAGCACGGGUCCCAUCCCGUCCAUCCACCUUCAUCGCUGUAUCAGUCUGUCUGCUCGUCCACUCAGUCCCAGUGUCAGCUCGUGCCUCACCAUGUGCUGUGGGAUGGAAUUGUCCCUUCACCUGUUGGUGUGGCUUCUGUCAUUGUAGGGAGAGGGCAUGGUGGGUGUGGGGAGUAUUUGCCACUGUGGUGAUUUGGGAAGGACUGGGGGCUGUAGUAACUCUGCAGAAUAUGGUCUGGAUGUCUCCUGCUCACAGGGUUCGGCGGGGCGGGGGGAAGUUGGUGACAGUGGAGUAAGGAUGGGAGGGGGCUUCCCAUUGCCUGGUGAUGUGCAUCCUACAUUGGGGCGGCCAGGGAGAGGCGCUGUCUCAGGGGAGUGCUGCCCCUCACUCACUGAGUUACAGCUCGUCCUGCUCUGUCUAUCCCCGCACCCUUCCCCUCUCCACUCCUCUCACCCUCCUCAUCGUUCCCCUUCUGCACUACCCCCUCCCCUUGUACCCUGUCCCUCUGGGUGGGGUCUGAGCAGAGUUUCCCAGAACGGGAAUGUUACUCCAGCCCUGGGUUGAUCCAGCAUUCCCAGUGUUUGCCACUGGCUCCGGUUGUGCUGGGGGUUUGGUGACCUCAUCUCUUAGCGCCUCCACUGUCUUGUCCCCGUUGUUCCACCCCCCCCGAUACAUCUAGAGCCCCCACUUCACCAAGGUGUUGACUAUUCAUCAACAGAACUAGGCAACUCAUAAUUAAUCAAAGUUCGCACUUUAUUGUCUCUGCACAAACAACAAUGUAACUAUUUUGACCCUGGGCCAACAUCAUGAAUUCGAAUGUUCCCUUUGUACUCAGACAACUUGUCCAAUUUAUAACACCAAAAUAGGAGAUCGCCUUUGGCCAGGCAAUUGAUCCUUUCUUCCCCCUGCCCCUGGUGUGGAGGCUGUUCCUCAGGAUGGUUAGUCUCUGGAGUUCUUGCCCCUUUGCAUUUGAAGGUCCUAACUCUUCUAGUCUUUCACAUCAGUUCAGAAGUUUCACUUCAUUCUUGUUAAUUCUAGGUCAUCUAACUGACCUAUGUAACCUUCUCUUUGGCUCUGGUCCAAGCCAGCAUCCAUUUAUUGCCAUCUCCCUCAAGUGACAACUGUUAAUUUAUGGCUCUUUGUUCUAAAUCAGUUACCAAACCAGUAACCAGCUCGAAUCACUCAGGGCAGACACAGACCCUACCAUUCACAAACCUACAUGUUAUAUCAUACCAAAGAACACCUCACAAAUAACUUCUUACUUGGAAAUGAUCUCUAGUCCAGCAGAUUACUGGGAGCCUCUGCUUUAAGAUACUGAUUCAACCGAGCAAAUUCAGUUCACAAAGUGGAGGAUGCAGAGCAGCUUCACAAAAUGCCUGCGUCCUUUCCUUUGACCUUAAAUCAAGAACAAAGACACUAUCCUUGACCCAUUCGGGAAAUGUAUUCUUCUAUGGUUUAAUUUCUUCACGGCCAGCAAGGGUUUCCGCUCUGAGGAGAACCUGAACCAAAGGAAGGGUGCUUGGUGGGGGUUGUUGGAGGGGGUGUAUAGUGGUGUGGAGUUGGGAUUAAUAGUAGAGAGGUGAAUGUGAAGUGCUGGGUGGGAUGGAGUGAGAGGUUUUCGAG